AGUCGGAGUAUAGUUGAUUGUACAAUCGCGGUAGAGAAACACUAGAAGAACUUUGUGCGUAAAGUUGGAAAGUUUGUAACCGGGUUCGUCGCCUCAGUUUGUGAAUUUGAAAUCAUUCGUACUAUUCCUCGAAAAUGAAACUUUUCAUCGUGGCUGCAUUCGCUCUGCUGGCCCUGGCUUCGGCCCAGGAGAAAUACACCAGCAAAUUUGAUAACAUCGAUGUCGAUGAAAUCCUGAAAUCAGAUCGGCUGUUCACCAACUACUUCAAGUGUAUGAUGGACGAAGGACCGUGCACCCCCGAUGGCAAGGAACUGAAACGGAUCCUGCCGGAAGCUCUGCAGACCAACUGUGAAAAGUGCAGCGAAUCACAACGGACCGACGCUAUCAAAGUGAUUAACUAUGUUAUCGAUAAGCGUCCAGAGCAGUGGAAGGCCCUGCAGGCCAAAUACGACCCAGAGAAUAUCUACGCGGAGAAAUAUCGCGAGGAGGCGGCGAAAAAUGGAAUAACUGUUUGAAUCUAACGGUGUGAUAUUUUGUUAUUCGGUUAUCUAGAUAUUUAUUGAAUAAAGAUCGUCUUCGUUUGCGUCAACAAGUCUUUUGCGUCAACGAAAGUAGCAAACAAAA